AUGCUUAACGGGGCUUUAGAAACCUGGAUGAUCGAAAUGCCUCUCUGCUCUCUGUUUGUGGUGUGGUGAGUGUCUAAAGUGUAAUAUUACUAGUAAAAGGUGCGUAGGGUUUGAAGGGACAGUGCCAUUUAAUUCGUCUUAAAUGUGUUUCAUUAGUUUGAGUGUGUUUACAAUUUAGUUUGAUAAUGUGAUCUUGUGCAGAAUGACUCCCUUAUUUAAUUUUUUUUUUUUUUAACAGCCUGACACCCAAAGGACUCAACCCAUCAUUAUCACCUGCAUUGCAACGCUUAGUGAACAGGACUUCAAGUAAAUACACUGACAAGGCUCUGAGAGCCAGUUAUACACCGUCCCCUGCACACACAGGCACUCCAUCCUAUAAAACUCCUAGAGGUCUUGGCAACACACCAAACAUUACACCCACCACAAGAACAGAUUCCCAAACCCCAGUAGUUCCUGAUCCCACCUCCAUUACAGAUGAUUUGCUACAUCUUCCGAAACGACGGAAAGCAUCAGACUUCUUCUGA